AUGAGUCGGAUCAUGUUGGGAGGAGAGCUGGGCUACAUCGAGAGCGAGCCGCCGUGGAUUGUUAUCGAGGUCUACGACGAUGACGCUCUGGGUAAAGCUGAAUACUUGGGCUCGACUGUGGUGGUACCGACCGUUCAGCUGGCGUCUGUAGAUUACGCACCCCCCUCCCUCCAGUACUACCCUCUGCACUGUGGAAACCUGCACGGAGGAGACGUCCUGGCUGCUUUCGAACUGAUACAAGUCCCUGAGACUGGAAGUUGGAACCUCCCACGACUAAAAGAAAAUGAGGCAGGGUUCCUGAUGGUUCCACAGAACAUCCGCCCGGUUCUCAGCACGUACAGGCUGGAGGUUUUGUUUUGGGGUCUCAGACAGUUGAAGAAAGUUCAGCUGCUGUCAGUGGACCGGCCACAGGUCUUUGUCGAAUGUGCCGGCAAAACUCUGCGAUCCUCUGUCAUUCCAAAAUACAAGUCAAACCCUAAUUUCCCAACUCAGCUUGACGUAGUUGAACUGGAGUUACCAGAGAAUGAGCGCAUCCAUCCCAAUUUGACGAUUACUGUGGUGGACUGGCGGGCGUUUGGACGGAGCACUUUAGUCGGAAAUCACAUCGUAAGCAACUUAAAAGCCUACGCAUACGUGCCCCCCCCGGCCACGCCUGCUUCCAUGGCUCCCAAAGCAUCACGAGCCUCAGAGGCUCAGAGCCAAUCAGAGAAAAUCAUAUCUAUUGAAAUCCCAAGUCCACAAAUUGAAAUUUCAGUGGACGACAGUCACGCACCGUCCAAACCUGCGGAAGAUAAAGUGGAAAAGGAUCAGAAAGCAAGCAAACGCUAUCGUUCUUCUCGGCAUAGGAAAAGAACCAUCGCUGAUGAGUCCGCAGAGAGUGUCAUCGACUGGUGGUCCAAAUACUACGCAUCGGUGGAAAAACUGGCUAAACAGAAGGACGGCACCACUUUAAGCCCUCUAUUUGCAAAAGCCUCCGUGUGUCAGUCGCUGCUCAGUGACGGCAUUGACUCGCUCGUGGGUAUUUUUGAAGGAGACAAAAAGAAGAGUAAGGAAAAGAGCAAAGAGACUUCAGGUCCAGUCCCAGUAACCCGCAGGUUCGCGACUCUUGAGCUUUACAGCAAAGAGCUGGAGGCAGAGUUUGAUAACUUUAACGACUGGGUGGACACCUUCGAGCUGUACCGAGGAAAGGCCAACACCGACGAUGGCGACGAGAGAUUUGUCGGAAGGUUUAAAGGUCGAUUCUGUCUUUACAAAGCCCCCGAGGAUGAAGACAGCGACUUUCAGGACGACACAGACUUUUUCAGAGUCAAUCGGGGAAUUCCUCAAAACAACUCGGUCAAAGUUAUCGUCAGGAUCUACAUUGUUUCUGCCACCAACCUGCAUCCUGCGGACCCCGACGGCAGAGCGGACCCCUACAUCGUUCUUCGUCUCGGCAAAAAUGAAAUCAAAGACAGAGACAACUACAUCCCCAAACAACUCAACCCGACAUUUGGAAGGUCGUUUGAGAUCCAGGCCAAGUUCCCGCAGGAGUCGCUGCUGUCGGUGCUGAUCUACGACUUCGACCUGGUGGGAGGAGACGACCUGAUGGGAGAGACCCUCAUCGAUCUGGAGAACCGGUUCUACAGCCGCCACCGAGCCACCUGCGGCCUGCCCACCGAGUACAGCGAAGAAGGGUACAACGCCUGGAGAGACUGCCUCAAACCCUCUGAGAUCCUGACCAAGCUGUGCAAAGACAACGCUCUGCCCGGGCCUCACUUUGAGCCCGGACGCAUCACUGUCGGGGACAAGGUCUUCACUGGGACCACGGUCGUCAUGCACGAAGAUGAGUCUAAAGACAGCUACGAGGCGCUCUCCCUGAAAGUCCUGCACCAGUGGUCGGACAUUAUGGGUUAUUCUCUGGUUCCUGAACACAUUGAGUCCAGGACGCUGUACCAUAAAGGCCGGCCCGGCAUGGACCAGGGUCAGCUGAAAAUGUGGGUGGACAUGUUUCCGAUGGACAUGCCUCAUCCUGGACCGUCUGUGGACAUCAGCCCCCGAAAACCCAAACCCUACGAUCUGAGGAUUAUUGUUUGGAACACGGAGGAUGUGGUUCUGGAGGACACCAACAUAAUCACUGGUCAAAGUUCCAGCGACAUCUACGUGAAAGGUUGGUUAAAAGGUUUGGAGCACGAUCGACAGGAAACAGACGUACACUACAACUCACUCACCGGAGAAGGGAAUUUCAAUUGGCGCUUUGUUUUUCCUUUCAAUUAUCUCCCCGCCGAGCAGAUGAUGGUUACGCAGCAGAAAGAGCAUAUCUUCUCUUUGGAUAAAUCAGAAAAGAAAUUCCCCGCCAUUCUCGUUCUUCAAGUGUGGGAUUUUGACACUCUUUCAUCGGAUGAUUUCAUUGGGACCGUGGAGUUGGAUCUUCACAGUUUCCCGCGUGGAGCAAAGUCGUCCAAAACGUGCAAAGGCGACAUGUUGACGGCUGAGAUCGAACGGAUUUCAAUCUUUCAGCAGAAGAGAGCGAGAGGAUGGUGGCCGUUCACCAAGUGCGGAGAACUCACGGGAAAGGUGGAAGCUGAAUUUCAUCUGUUGACGUCAGAGGAGGCGGAAAAGAACCCAGUGGGUAAAGCUCGCAAAGAACCAGAACCUCUGCCCAAACCCAAUCGCCCGGAUACGUCUUUCUCAUGGUUUGUGAAUCCGUUCAAGAGCUUCUUCUACCUGGUGUGGAGUCGAUACAAGAAGUACAUAAUUGUGGGACUGCUGGUUCUGAUCACGGCCCUGUUCCUGGCUCUUCUGUUCUACACGCUCCCAGGAGCCAUUUCCCAAAGGAUUGUUAUGGGAUAA